CCCAAGUUGCUGUAUUUUUUUCGGUGGUUGCUUGUUUUUUGGUUUUUUUUUAUUUUUAAUAUUUUUUAUAUUUUUAAUGUUACUAGUGGCACCGCCCAUCAGACACGGGUGAGAAGCUGCUGAUGAAUAGAGUAAUUGGGGCGUUACAUUGUGUCGCUGUGACGUGACAGUGAGAUAAUGAUAGUGAUGGAGCGCUGUUCUGCAAGGAAGGGGAGUAUAUAGAGGAACACAGGGGUCUGUACAAGGACGUGAUGAUGGAGAAUCACCGGCCCCUCACAUCACUGGAUGGGCCCAGUAACAGAGAUACCCCAGAGAGAUGUCCCCGUCCCCUGUAUUCCCAGGAUUGUACAGAGGAGAAUUACAGGAUCCCACAGGAGGAUCAGGUAGAACGUCUGUCUGAUAUUAAAACAGAAAAUAUAGAGGGAGAAGAAGAGAAGUAUCUAACUGUUAUAAAGGCAGAAGAUACAGAUGAAGAAGAGAUGUAUCUAACUGUUAUAAAGGUAGAAGAUACAGAGGGAGAAGAAGAGACGUAUGUGACUGAUAUAAAGGUAGAAGAUACAGAGGGAGAAGAAGAGACGUAUGUGACUGAUAUAAAGGCAGAAGAUAUAGAGGGAGAAGAAGAGACGUGUGUGAGGGGUGAUCAGCAGUGUAAGGAGGAGGAAAUUCCUACAGAUAUCAGCACAGCAGGUGGACACACAAGCAGGAAUAUCUCAGAAGGACAUCUAAUGUUAUCCCCGGAUUGUGACAUAAAAGAUAAUGACAGUAGACCGGAUUCUCCAGGAGAUAACCCCAUUACCCCAAUUAUACAUCCAGCUCUAUCAGCUGAUCCCUCUGAUCCUGGGAAGUGUUCUCCUGAUCACUCUGAUAUUGGUGCAUCUGUUACAGCUCUGACAGUAAAUACAGAGUUUCCAUGUGCUAUAGAUGCCAAAUGUUUUACACAGAACACAAAGCAUAUUAACCCACACACAGGUAUGUCAGGUGAGAGGCCACUGAUAUGCUCUGACUGUGGGAAAUGUUUUACAUACAAAUCACAUCUUGUUAUACAUCAGAGAAGGCACACAGGUGAGAGGCCAUUUUCUUGCUCUGAGUGCGGGAAAUGUUUUACAUACAAAUCACAACUUGUUAAACAUCAGCGAAGUCACACAGGUGAGAAUCUAUUUCCAUGUUCUGAGUGUGGGAAAUGUUUUACAUACGAAUCACGUCUUGUAAUACAUAAGAGAAUACAUACAGGUGAGAAACCAUAUUCCUGUUCUGAGUGUGGGAAAUGUUUUACAUACAAAACAACUCUUGAUGCUCAUAAGAGAAGUCACACAGGUACAUCACCUUUUCCAUGUUCUGAGUGUGGGAAAUAUUUUGCUCAGAAAUCACAACUUGCUAGACAUCAGAGAAGUCACACAGGUGAGAGGCCAUUUCCAUGUUCAGACUGUGGAAAAUGUUUUUCACGGAAAUCACACCUUGUUACACAUCGGCAAAGUCACACAGGUGAGAAGCCAUUUCCAUGUCCUGAGUGUGGGAAAUGGUUUGCACAGAAAUCAGCUCUUCUUAUACAUCACAGAAGUCACACAGGUGAGAAGCCAUUUCCAUGUUGUGAGUGUGGGAAAUGUUUUGCACAAAAAUCAGAUCUUGUUAAACAUCAGAGAAGUCACACAGGUGAGAAGCCUUUUUCUUGCUCUGAGUGUGGGAAAUGUUAUACUCGGAAAUCACAACGUGUUAUACAUCAGAGAAGUCACACAGGUGAGAAGCCAUUUCCAUGUUCUGAGUGUGGGAAAUGUUUUGCACAAAAAUCAGAUCUUGUUACACAUCAGAGAAUUCACACAGGUGAGAAGCCAUUUCCAUGUUCUGAGUGUGGGAAAUGUUUUGCACAAAAAUCAGAUCUUGUUAAACAUCAGAGAAGUCACACAGGUGAGAAGCCUUUUUCUUGCUCUGAGUGUGGGAAAUGUUUUACACGGAAAUCACAACUUGUUACACAUCAGAGAAGUCACACAGGUGAGAAUCCAUUUCCAUGCCCUGAAUGUGGGAAAUGUUUUGCACACAAAUCAGAUCUUGUUAGUCAUAACAGAAGUCACACAGGUGAGAAGCCAUUUUCUUGCUCUGAGUGUGGGAAAUGUUUUACAUGGAAAUCACAACUUGUUACACAUCAGAGAAGUCACACAGGUGAGAAGCCAUUUCCAUGUUCUGAGUGUGGGAAAUGUUUUGCACACAAAUCAGAUCUUGUUAAACAUCAGAGAAGUCACACAGGUGAGAAGCCAUUUCCAUGUUCUGAGUGCGGGAAAUGUUUUACACAGAAAUCACAUCUUGUUAGACAUCAGCAAAGUCACACAGGUGAGAAGCCAUUUCCAUGUUCUGAGUGUGGGAAAUGUUUUACACGGAUUCAGAUGGUGGAAGCAUGGAAGCAGCCUGAUAAACGCUUUCAAGUUCCAAAGAGGUUUGAGGCAAAUUACCCAUUAACAAAAAGUGUCAUGGCUAAAUGGGAGGUGCUGCCUAUUGUGGAUGCCUCUUUAGCUAGGUUGUCUAAAAAGACAAUUCUACCAAUACCUAACGUAACCACUUUAAAAGAUGUAUUCAAGAUGGAGUCAAUCCAGUCAGUUAUUGCAGGUUUGGAACAAGAAGAGUUCAUGGUGUCCAUGUACAUAAAGGAUGCAUACCUUCAUAUCAUGGCGAUAAUGGUCAUGAAAUUGAGGGCGUUAGGAGUCACAAUCAUACCUUACCUGGAUGAUCUACUGAUCAAGGCCCAUUCUCAGGAACAGCUGAUCAGGGAUGCUCAGACGACUCAUCAAUUUCUCAUUCAACAUGGCUGGAUUGUGAACUUCAAGAAAUCCAACCUGAUACCAAUGCAGAGGAUUCAAUUCCUAGGUCUAAUAUUGGACACAAUACAAUUGAGGGUGUCUCUGCCAGAGAACAAGAUGCAGGACUUAAGGAAGCUGGUGGAUCAGGAGUGGAAAACGGAGGCAGACUAUCUCAGUCGCCAAGACAUGCAUCCAGAGGAGUGGUGUCUACACCUGCAAGUCUUCGAGAUGGUAGUAAGGAGAUGGGGCCUACCUCAGGUAGACCUAAUGGCAUCUCGAAACAAUCAUCAGUUACCCAGACCGCUCACCCGUCUGUGGGAACACUGCGGGCACCAGAAGGAGCGCUUCCUAGCCGCCCCAGAAGCGGCGAAGCCCCUUAAACAGCACCCUGCAAAAUCAAAAGGGGAUUCAAAGAUGGCCGCCGGCCAGCAGAUGCAGCCUCAACAGCAGCAAGUGCACACAGACCGUGAGUUACAUUCAUCCUCUGACUCCGCUGAUGCCACAGCUCUCCCUGUACAUAUUGCCCCCUCUACACAGAAGUCUCCUAAGACUGCACAACAGGCUGAGGGCCCAAUUACAUAUUCUGAUAUGGUAAAAGCAAUUCAAGACUCCAUUAACCCCAUUAUGGAAUCACAUGCUGCCAAAGUCACGCAGGCAGUGCAUGACAUCAAAUCACAGUUCAAACAGCUUUCCAAACGGGUGCAAGCUAAUGAACAGCGCCUUGGGGAGACAUUUCAUGACGUUGCCGAUUUAAAGGAACAGUGCGCUUUUCUUCAGAAAUCUCAUUACCAGCUUCUCAAUAAGGUUGACGAUCUCGAGAACAGAUCACGUCGAAAUAAUUUGAGGGUUGUUGGGCUGCCCGAGGCCCUUAAAGGGCCAGCACUCUUUUCCUUCAUACAAGAUACACUGCCCGAUUUGCUAGAUAUUCAAGAUUCCUGUGCGGGUAUGAUUGUGGAGAGGGCCCAUCGCAUUGGUCCUGCAAGGCCUACACAAGACACCCGACCCCGGGCUGUUAUUUUCCGUUGUCUUAAUUACAUCCACAAAGACAUUAUCUGGUCUGCAUCUCGUCGCAAGCGGAAUUUGCAAUGGAAUGACGUGAGGAUUUAUAUCUUCCAGGAUUAUUCGGCAGAGGUGGCUAGGGCACGACGUGAAUUCACCCCACUUUGUUCCCGCCUGGCCAAAACAAGCAGAAAAUUCGCUCUCAUUUACCCGGCACGGUUACGCCUGUUCAAAGGGUCCUCAUUUACGGACUUCUCCACCGUUGCCGAUGCAGAGGCCUAUCUAUUUCAUAAAUUUGGCAAUAGAUCUAGUCGAUUGCUUUCAAAUCUCCUGAAAGGUCAGCACCCUCCGACACUUAUCCAUGCUUUGACUGGGGCUGAUGGCACUGUGGUACAUGAUUGUGGCCAGUGGCUGGAGACUUCGGGAGACCAGAAGCCCUAUGCCCUUCUCUCCCUUGAUGCUGAGAAGGCUUUUGACCUGGUCACAUGGGACCACCUUUUUGACACCAUGCACAGGUUUUGGUUCCCGGAGGCUCUCAUCCAUGCACCAGCUGUGAGGAACGGAGUAAUUAUUACACAUCACACCUUCUGUAUUCUCUCUGAUUCACCAAGGAUGGACAAGGACAGGAGUCACAGGACUGAGAGGAUAAUAAAUAUCACCCUGGAGAUCAUUUACCUGCUGACUGGGGAGGAUUACACAGUAGUGAAGAAGACAUCCAAUGAGUGUGAAAUACUCAACAGCCAUCCCUGUGUGUCAGGAGGUCUGAGUAGAACCCAGAGCCCCAUCCCAGUGCCUCCACCUGACUCACUAAUACAUGAGAGACCCAAUGACCAAAAGAUCCUGGAACUCACCAACAAGAUCAUUCAGCUGCUGACUGGAGAGGAGGGGGAGUAUAUAGAGGAACACAGGGGUCUGUAUAAGGACAUGAUGAUGGAGAAUCACCGGCCCCUCACAUCACUGGAAGGACCCAGUAACAGAGAUAUCUCAGAGAGAUGUCCCCGUCCUCUGUAUACCCAGGAUUGUACAGAGGAGAAUCACAGGAUCCCACAGGAGGAUCAGGGUGAAGCCCAAUUAAAUAAUAUUAAAAUCAAAGAUACAGAGGGAGAAGAAGAGACGUAUGUGACUGAUAUAAAGGCAAAAGACAUAGAUGGAGAAGAAGAGACGUAUGUGACUGAUAUGAAGGCAGAAGAUACAGAGGGAGAAGAAGAGACGUAUGUGACUGAUAUGAAGGCAGAAGAUACAGAGGGAGAAGAAGAGACGUAUGUGACUGAUAUAAAGGCAGAAGAUAUAGAAGGAGAAGAGACAUACGUGACUGAUAUGAAGGCAGAAGAUAUAGAGGGAGAAGAAGAGACGUAUGUGACUGAUAUAGAGACAGAAGAUACAGAGGGAGAAGAAGAGAUGUAUGUGAGGGGUGAUCAGCAGUGUAAGGAGGAGGAGAUCCCUACAGAUAUCAGCACAGCAGAUGGACACACAAGCAGGAAUAUCUCAGAAGGACAUCUAAUGUUAUCCCCGGAUUGUGACAUAAAAGAUAGUGACAGUAGACAGGAAUCUCCAGGAGAUAACCCCAUUACCCCAAUUAUACAUCCAGCUCUAUCAGCUGAUCCCUCUGAUCCUGGGAAAUGUUCUCCUGAUCACUCUGAUAUUGGUGCAUCUGUUACAGCUCUGACAGUAGAUACAGUGUUUCCCUGUUUUAUAGAUGCCAAAUGUUUUAUACAGAACACAAAGCUUAUUACCCAUCAAACAGGUAAGGCAGGUGAAAUGCCACUGAUAUGUUCUGAGUGUGGGAAAUGUUUUACACGGAAAUCACAUCUUGUUUUACAUCGGAGAAGUCACACAGGUGAGAAGCCAUUUUCUUGCUCUGAGUGUGGGAAAUAUUUUAGAUGGAAAUCACAACUUGUUACACAUCACAGAAGUCACACAGGUGAGAAGCCAUUUUCUUGCUCUGAAUGCGGGAAAUGUUUUUCCCAGAAAUCACAACUUGUUACACAUCAGCGAAGUCACACAGGUGAGAAGCCAUUUUCUUGCUCUGAGUGUGGGAAAUGUUUUUCCCAGAAAUCACAUCUUGUUAUACAUCAGGGAAGUCACACAGGUGAGAAGCCAUUUUCUUGCUCUGAGUGUGGGAAAUGUUUUUCCCAGAAAUCACCACUUGUUACACAUCACAGAAGUCACACAGGUGAGAAGCCAUUUUCUUGCUCUGAGUGUGGAAAACAUUGGUUAAAUAAAUCACAACUUGUUAUACAUCAGAGAAGUCACACAGGUGAGAAGCCAUUUUCUUGCUCUGAAUGCGGGAAAUGUUUUUCCCAGAAAUCACCACUUGUUACACAUCAGCGAAGUCACACAGGUGAGAAGCCAUUUUCUUGCUCUGAGUGUGGGAAACGUUUUACACGGAAAUUAUAUCUUGUUAGACAUCAGAACUCACACAAGUGGGAAUAUAUUUCCAUGUUCUGAGUGUGGGAAAUGUUCUGCACACAAAUCAGAUCUUAGAAACCAUGAGAGAAGUCACACAGGUGAGAAGCCAUUUUCUUGCUCUCAGUGCGGGAAAUGUUUUACACAGAAAUCACAACUUGUUACACAUCACAGAAGUCACACAGGUGAGAAGCCAUUUCCAUACUCUGAGAAAUAAAUCGGCACUUGUUGCACACAUUAGACAUCACUCAGGUGAGAAACCAUUUUAAUCUUCUGGAGUAUACUCAUCAUUGCCAUGAAUUGUUCUUCAAGGUUUUUAUCCUAUCUCCUAUGCUUUUUGCAAUAUAAUGCUACCACAGGGUGAAAUAAUCAGAUGCCAUGUCCUCAUCUACCACUGAUAUACAGAUGACCUGUCUUUUGCUCUGGGUACUGAGAAACCAGUACCAAUCCUAAAUGGUUGUCUAGCUGAGCUCCAGGUGUGGGUGAUGCCAGUUGGCUGUGACUCAGUCCUGGUGAAACAGGUCCUUAUGAUAGAAGCUCACCAAUAAACGGCAGGGCUACAACUCAGCUUUACUACCAACCAGACGCCACAUAACGCCCAUUCUCUGUUCCCUCCACCGGCUGACUAUUACAUAAUCUUACUGACUCUCCCAGCCCUACAUGACCAGGGUCCAAGGUACCAGAAGCAGCUUCUGACUCCUUACUGUCCUACUUGCUUCCAUCUGCAGAUGGACUGUUACCAGCAAUACCAAGAAACCCCAAUCAGUGCUGAGAUGUCAGGGGGGAGACAGGGUGGGUGGCACUAUUGCUGUAUUGGUGGCACUGUCUGGGUAAUAUUAUCCCCAAGCAGAGCUGAGGGGCUACUCAGGGUGGUUGGCAGUAGUGGGGACUGCAGGAGGCAGUGUAUGUGUGAGAAUCUUGUCCUCAAGUAGAGUUAAGGUGUCAGAGGGGGAGACAAGGUGGUGAAAGUAGUGGAAAGGAGACAGGGCGGGUGGCAGUAGUGAGCGGAGACAGGGCGGUGGAAGGAGACAGGGUGGGUGGCAGUAGUGGAAGGAGACAGGGCGGUGACAGUAGUGGGGGAGACAGGGCGGGUGGCAGUAGUGAGCGGAGACAGCGCGGUGGAAGGAGACAGGGUGGGUGGCAGUAGUGGAAGGAGACAGGGCGGUGACAGUAGUGGGGGAGACAGGGCGGGUGGCAGUAGUGAGCGGAGACAGGGCGGUGGAAGGAGACAGGGUGGGUGGCAGUAGUGGAAGGAGA